GGUGUGGUGGGAAGAUAUAAAAUAUUCACACCAAUUUCCCGCCAUUUCCAUCACCACAAAACCACAGCUUUUUCCAUUUUCAUUUUCAUUUUCAUUUUCAUUAUUCAUCUUCUUCUUCAUUUUGAUUCUUCUGCAACUCAUCCACAUCAAACCAAACUUGACAAAAUGAGUGGAAAAAUGAGAGCAAAAGUGCACAAUAAGUUCAAGAUGAGAGGAUACACGCUCAAAGUAGAAGCCCUAAAGGAGAUCCUUUCGUUUUUGAGCAAUUUUGAAGAUGCGGAAGAUGAAGCACUUGAUCUCCUUGUUGAUGAGCUUCAUACAGGCUCGCUGAAAUCAUCGGUUUUGGAUAAGGAGUCUGUACAGCGUGUCACAAGCAGGCUUUUAGAAGCUGGAUCUGCAGUUGAUGAUGAUAAUCCAUAUACAAAUAUGUCAACGUCUUUCAGUGUAAUUGAUGCGUUUGACAUUCCGAAGUACCGCUACGAUCCCAUCAGAAAGAUGUUUUGCCAACACACAGGGAGACUUCCAAUUCACGGUGAUGCUUCUGCAAAAGCUUGGUUGUAUAGAGAUAGGUUUCUUUUAUUGUCUCAGAGGCUAUCGCGGAUUCCACAAUUUUCUAAACCUUCCUUUAACAGCGAAUUAUCCGGACUCGGGAGCUGUGAGAUAUCUCAAAUUCAAUCUCUGGUUGGACGAACGGGAAUAAGUUGGGUAAUGGGUGUGAUAUCUCAAUUUGAAGAUGGACACUAUUACUUGGAAGACCUUACAGCAGCUGUCGAAAUAAAUUUGUCAAAUGCAAAGAAAACAACGGGGUAUUUUUGUGAGAAUACCAUAGUUUUAGCUCAAGGGGAGAUGCGGUUAGACGGUAUUUUCCAGGUUCAAACAUUUGGUUUUCCACCGUUAGAAGACAGAGAAAAGUCAACCACAUUGUUUUCGGGGCUUAAUUACUUUGGUGGUGAUACGCUUAGUAAAGAGGACACUCUCAAACUUGCAGAAAUGGAAUCAAGUGCAGUCAAUGAAAUGUUCGUUAUACUAUCCGACAUUUGGCUUGACCAUGAUGAGACCAUGGCAAAGCUAGAGACUGUUUUAGACGGUUACGAAGAUGUUGAAGUCGUUCCUUCUCUUUUUGUGCUUAUGGGAAAUUUUUGUUCACGUCGGUUUGAUCUUGCAUAUAAUUCUUUGUCAACUCUCAGAUCGAAUUUUGCAAAACUUGGUAAAAUGAUCGGAAACCAUCAGCGGUUAAAAGAACACAGUAGAUUUCUUUUCAUUCCCGGACCUGAUGAUGCAGGCCCUUCAAAAGUUCUACCUAGGUGUGCUUUACCCAAAUACCUAACUGAAGAGCUUCGAAAGCACAUCCCAAACGCCAUAUUUGCAAGCAAUCCAUGCAGAAUCAAGUUUUACACCCAAGAGAUAGUAUUUUUUCGGCAUGAUCUCCUUAACAAAAUGAGAAAUUCUUGUUUGAUUCCUCAUUCAACAGAAGAAACCAGUGAUUUUUUUGAGCUUCUUGUUGCCACUAUAACACAUCAAACUCAUCUCUGCCCUCUGCCUUUGAGUGUACAGCCGAUUAUUUGGAAUUAUGAUCAUUGUCUUCACCUCUAUCCAUCUCCACAUACGAUUGUAUUAGGUGACAGUAGCGAACAAAAGGCCUUCAAGUACACGGGUACCACUUGCUUCAAUCCAGGCUCUUUCUCAAAUGACUACACUUUUGUGGUAUAUCGUCCUUGCAAUCAAGAAGUUGAACUGUCUGCUCUGGAAUAAUAAUUGCGACAUACCCGACUGAUCAUUAUAUUUUCAAAGGCCACUGUUCCGCGACCAAAGAAACAAAGUAGUUUCCGUUUCUAUAACAAGUAGCUUUUUUUCCGUGUAGCAAUUUUAUUUGGGCCGGCAUACAUAUAUAUCAGCAGACGAUCUGUGGCCUUUUUGUAUGAUAUGUUUUUAGUAGACUGUUAGUCUAUCAAGGGUUCAUCUUUCUGUUAUACUUCAGAUUCUUAAUUUGUUUUAGUGGACGAUUUUUUAGUGUGGGACA